AUGACUGUUGGACGUAUCAUCAAUGCCAUUGGUGUGGGUGUUGCUUACAGUAUUGUUCCUAUCUACCUGGCCGAGUGUUCUCCACCCACUGUUCGUGGUACUCUUACCUCGUUUUACCAAUGGUUUUUCACAUUUGGCCAGUUCUGGGCUUAUUUCAUCAUCUAUUUCACCAAGGACAAAACCACGAAGUGGAGCUACCUAACGGCGAUUCUCGUCCAAGUCGUGAUUCCAGCUUUCAUGCUCGCUGCUACUCCAUUUCUCAUCGAAAGUCCACGUUGGUUGAUUAUCACUGGCAAGCGCGAACAAGGUGUCAUUUCAAUGAGCAAACUGUACGGAAAGGACACUCAAUACGAUAUCAACAAGAUUGCAGAUGAGAUAGAAGAGGCCCACAACGCUCUUCAGAACUACAGAAAGGACACCUCUUACUUGGAUCUGUUCAAGGGUGUCAAUCUCAGAAGGACCCUCAUUGCUAUGGCUAUUCCCUGUCUACUCACAGGACAAGGUCUCGUCUUUAUGGGUGCUUAUCUGGUUCUUUUUCUCGAGAGUAUUGGAGUUGAUGAUGCCAAUCUCAUGCUCAUGGUCAUCAUGCUCGUGUUGCUUGCCACAAACACUUUCUCAUUCUGGGGUGCCGACAGGUUUGGUCGUCGUAACUUGCUGAUGAUUUCUUCUUUUUUCAUGGCUAUCUCGUUCUAUCUGGUAGCGGUCUUCGCCUGGUACGUCAGGUCCAAUGCUGCUAACAACACGGUGGUUGCAUUUUUGUUCAUCUGGUGUAUCGUAUACGGAGCGACCUGGGCCCCAUUGGCUCAUAUCACGGUUGGUGAGAUUCCAAGUACCCAGCUCAGAGAAAAGACUCUUGCGGUGGCCAUGUUCUUGAACUUCGGUAUCAGCAUGCUGGUCUCUUUUGUGAACCCAUACAUACAGAAUGCGGGUGAAGGUAAUCUUCAGGGAAGAGUUGGAUUUGUCUAUGGUUCUGUUUCGUGGUUGGCCAUUAUUAUGGUCUAUUUCGGUCUUCCAGAGGUCAAAGGUCUUUCCCUCGAUGUCAUCGACACUCUUUUUGAGCUCAAGACUUCCGCUAAGACCUUUUUGAAAGAGGGCCAAAAGCUCAUGGCAGCGGAUGGUGUAGUUGAAUUGGAUCAUGUCCUAAGUGCGCACAAGUCCAUUGUCGAGGGCGAGAGAGUUCUUGAGUCCAUGUUUUCCCCAAAGGAGAAGAUGUAUGAAGAAUGA